UUAAUGAGUUUAUCAUCUUUAUUUCGAAAAAUUGGUUUUAUAGUUGGCAAAAGGCCCAAAACUAUUUUUUUAACAAAUUUAUUUUUAUUCCUCCCAUCAUUAUCUUAUUAUUUAAUUAAUGACAUUAAAGUCGAAACUGAUGUAAGGAGAGGGUUUUCCCCAAAAAAUGGAAGGGCAACAAGUGAAUCGAAGGUAGAAUUAUAA